CCCCCAAUCACCGUCGUCAAAUGCCUCACUGCGUCAGGAAGAAGCUCGCUCCGCCUGCUUAUUUUGUCUGCCUAAUCCUCUCACCACCAGACAGACAGACUUUGGCAGAAAGUCAAACUGCCUGCUGGAGAGCCAUUCCUCUCGUGGAGCCUUAACCUGAUCUUUCUUCGCACUCGAUACCAUGCCGAUUGCCAAGCAUAAUUUUCCCAUCAUGGCAAACCGGAGACAUCGGCGAAAUGCGUCGUCGUCGUCGUCGUUGUCGUCAUCGCCAGGUCAUGCAAAUGGCCUUGGCCAUGGUUUAUCCAGCCCCCGCAAUUCCAACUCUCACUACUCUGCUCGCCUUGCCCGCCCGCCCCAAACCACUGCCAAGCCUAUCCCACUUUGCUCUGAUGCGAGCUCUCUUCCCGACUUUUUGUCCUUCUGAACCUAAUCUGGAUUGCAUCUCGACUCAUGUGUCGACCACUGCACAGAUGUUGCGGCCAGCCAACGCAGGGCUCCUGCAACCCCGGAUUCAGGGUGGUCAGGACCGGCCGACGCCACUGAUAUGGCCAGCUUCUCUGGCGCGUCGGCAUCCCCUUCCAUCCUGCCUUUGCCAAAGCGAACGGUCUCCGAUCCUGGUCAAGCUGAAAAUGGCCGUUGCAACGGCCGCCGAUAGCACUUUUCUUGCACGGCCGCCCAGCAGUGGCAUCCUGCAAACACGGCCACAAAGAGCUACAAACGCCGAAGACCUUGGGCCUCGUGACAGUUUUGGCUCCCCAUGCGGCUUGCCAAGUCCACACCCCAUUCCUCCCCUCUUGAGCAAACGCUUUUUUCUGGUUAAUAUCCGUACGUCAGUGCAUGUACACACGGGUACUAUUGUCUGCGCGCAGCGAAGAUGACACCCAGAAAUAGCCCAACCCAGUCCAUGUUCUGGAGGGAACCACUUCCCAA